UGUCAUACAAACAUUACAAGCAUGGCGUAUGUAUGAUUGUAAAUCGUAACGUUAUUUCAUUGAUAAAGUCUAAUUAGAUGGAUGCUGUUCAGGUGAAACAUAAGUCUGAAGGUGUAAAACAUUGUUGUUAUGGGAUAUGUAACAGUGACACCCGAUACAGACAUCGUGAUGACAUGAAGGAUGUUUUUUUCAUUCCUUUUCCCAAGCCUAUAACUCAGAGGGAGAAAUGUGAAAGAUGGAUUAAGGCAUGUGGGAGACUCCAGGAAGAUUUCAAUGUAGACAAGAUCAAACGUUAUACUUACAUGUGCAGUAAACACUUCGUCGGUGGUAAAGGACCAACUGACAUUCAUCCCGACCCGAUGCCUGCACUGUUACAGAAAGACGAACAGCUUCGCCGGUUCCAAAGGAAAAGAAAAGCACAGACACCAAGAAGCAAACCUUUUAAGGUUUCAAAAAAAGAUGUAUCCGCAGCAGCAGAAUGUCUCCUUCAGUUAUCUAAUCAACUGGUACCUGAGCAUGAAUCUUUGUCCAGUGUAUCUUUGGAUCCUGAGUCUAAAGUUGCUUGUACAGAAAGUUUGACUGUUGGAUGUGAAAAGGGAACACAAACAGACAGCUUACCAACAGAACAUAAAGAAGUUCAAACUAUUAAAUAGAAAAAUUUUCUUAAUGCCAAAAUUGAAAUCAUGCUUUUGAAGAAUGAGAUUAAGUUAACUAGGUGUGAUGACAAAUGUGAUUCAGCUAAAAGUACACCUUUGUCACUCUUAAGUAUUAAAGAUGGUGAUGUUAAAAUGAAGCUAUGUACUGGAUUAUUCUAUGAUCAGCUUUUAGCAUUAAUUGAAUUCCUUGGUGAUAGUGUAAAUAACCUUUCAUAUUGGGAUGGUAAAAAUUUGAAAGAAAAUAGUAAGAAAGGCACUCAGAAACUUUCACCAGAAGAAGAACUUUUCCUUACACUAGUUCGAUUCAGGAGGGGCUACAGUAUUGACACAAUGGCUCAUUUUUUUGGAAUUUCUUCGUCUUCACAGUGAGAGUGAUUUUCAACACAUGGACAUGAUGGAUGCAACUUUUUAUUGCCACUUUAAUUCCUAUCAUAGUAUAAUGUUUCCAGAAAGACAACAUUUCCGGAAUAAUUUACCUUGUGUAUUUAAAACAUUAAAGAAUAUAAGAUUCUGUGCAGAUGCCAAGAGAUUUACGCUGCCAAGGAAUUUUAUAUUCUUCAUACAAAAAUCACCACGCAUACAAAAGUCUGAUUGGAGUAGCCCCAAAUGGAGCAAUAGUAUAAUUGUUUCUGAUCUGUUUGAAGGGUCAAUAUAAACUUGAUAAAGUGAUAAGGCAAUAAUUGAAAAAAGUGGAUUUUUAGAUUUUAUUAAUCCUGGAGAUCUCAUCUUAGCAGAUCGUGGGUUCACCAUUGAAGACUUAUUAAUGUCAUGACAAGCAGUUUUAAAUAUACCACCAUUUCAUGGCAAAAGAACCAAAUUCACUCCAGAAGAAGAGUUGAAAACCAGCGGCGUAUUGCUAAAGCAGGAAUUCAUGUACAUUGUAGAAAGAGUUUUAGAACGAAUCAAGAAAUUUAAGUUACUUAGCGGGAAUAUUCCUCUCUCAUUGUCACCAAUAAUAGCUGAUCAGAUGGUUUUUGUGGCAUCCUGCCUUGUCAAUUUUCAAGAACCACUUGUUAAAUAAUUUGUAAUCAUUUAUAUUUACCUGUAUAUAUUAUAUUUACUACAAUAAUUCAUACAUAUAAAAAUGUACUUUACAAUAAAAUUUGUCAUUUGUGGCCUUUUAUAGUUGACUAUGCGGUAUGGGUUUUACUCAUUUUGAAGACGGUAUGAUGACCUUUAGUUGUUAA